AUGAAAAGUUCCAUCGCUAGACGUUGGAUGUCUGCUGCUGCUGUUCCUUUGACUCGCUCAUUGCACACCACAUCUGCUUCCAUGAUGGCCUCUGCUGCUGAUGCCAAAGAAGCCAAAAUCAAGACUCUUGAGAUUUAUCGCUGGAACCCUGAUAAGCCUACCGAAAAGCCUGUCCUUCAAAGCUACAAGGUCGACUUGAAUGCUUGUGGUCCUAUGGUUUUGGAUGCUUUGAUCAAGAUCAAGAAUGAGCAAGAUUCUACAUUGACUUUCCGUCGUUCUUGCCGUGAAGGUAUUUGUGGUUCAUGUGCCAUGAACAUUGAAGGUGGUAACACUUUGGCUUGUAUCUCCAAGAUUGAUAAGGAUACCUCCAAACCUCUCAAGAUCUAUCCUUUACCUCACAUGAACAUUGUCAAGGAUUUGGUCCCUGAUUUGACCCACUUUUACAAGCAAUACAAGAGUAUUGAACCUUUCCUCAAGCAAAGAACACCUCCCGCUGACGGUAAAGAGAAUUUGCAAACAAUCGAAGAUAGAAAGAAGUUGGAUGGUUUGUAUGAGUGUAUUCUCUGUGCCUGUUGUUCAACCUCUUGCCCUUCCUACUGGUGGAAUCAAGAGGAAUACCUUGGUCCUGCUGUCUUGAUGCAAGCCUAUCGUUGGAUGAUUGACUCUCGUGAUCAAUUCGGUCCUCAACGUCGUGAGAAGCUCCAAAACAAGAUGUCUCUCUACCGUUGUCAUACCAUUAUGAACUGCUCAAAGACCUGUCCCAAGGGUCUUCAACCUGGUGCUGCUAUUGCCAAGAUUAAGCUUAUGAUGGCUACUGAAUAA